GAAACGGUCGCGCGGUGAUGCCGUCGCGGGGGCCUGGCCGGGCGUCGCGGACUCCGGAGAUGGAGGAAAAGGAGCAAUUACGGCGGCAAAUCCGUCUCCUGCAGGGUCUGAUCGAUGACUACAAAAACCUCCACGGCAAUGCCUCUGCCCCAGGCACCUCCGCCGCUUCCCAGUGGCAGCCGCCCACUUACAGCAGCGGCAGGGCUUUCAGUGCUCGCUACCCUCGUCUGAGCCGGAGGGGCUUCUCCCCGAACCAUGGGCCUGUGUGGCGCAAGAAAUACUCCCUUGUGAAUCGGCCCUUGGGAUCCUUGGACCCACCCGGCGACUGUGCUGCGCAGCUGCCCCUUGGGGCUGGGGGCAGCCCGGGUCCCGACCCCCAGCAGUACGUCCUGGAGAGGCAGGUCCAGCUCAGUCCGGAUCAGAACAUGGUCAUCAAGGUCAAACCACCGUCAAAGCCGGGCUCGGCUAGCACUGCAGGGGUCCUGCGGGGCUCCUUGGAAGAAAACGGGGAUCCCCCCUGGAGCGGCCACAGGCCUCAGGACGGUGAGGGUGAGCCUCUCGGUGGGCAGCGGCAGCCCUCGAGGCCAGGAAGAGCCAAGGGGAGCUGCAGUGAGGAGGACCCCCUGCUGGUCUGCCAGAAGGAGCCGGGCACGCCCCGGGCGGUGAAGUCGAUGGGCACCGUGAGCAGCAGCCCCUCGGAGCCCCGGCGGAUGGUCAGGGAGAGCGGAGUCGCGGCCAGGGCCCGCUUCCUGCCCUCCAGCCCGCCCCAGCGCGGCGGCCCGGCCCUGGACCGGAAGGUGGGCUCACACUCUGUGGCCGGCUGUGGUACACAGCUCCCUGCGGACGGGAGAGCAAACGCCGGCCAUGCAGAUCAGUCAGCUGCCUCUGGCCUGGUGGCAGGCCCAGCUAGACCUGCUGCUGGACCCAGGCAGGCCCGGGAGCCCUUGCUGCUGGUGUCCUGUCGGACCAACAAGUUCCGGAAGAACAACUACAAGUGGGUGGCUGCCUCGGCGAAGAGUCCCCGGGCCCCUCGGAGGGCCCUCAGUCCCAGAGCGGUGGCGGAGAAUGUGUGCAAGGCCCCCUUUUCCGCAGCGGAACGAACGGAGAAGCCGCAGCUCCGAGCCGACAUGGAUGCCAAGCCCAGGAGGUCGGCCACAGCCUCCGUGCCUGGGGCCUCCCCGAGCAAGUACAAGUGGAAGGCCUCCAGCGCCUCGGCCUCCUCGUCCUCCUCCUUCCGUUGGCAGUCAGAGGCCGGCAGCAAGGACCAUGCCUCCCAGCUCUCCCCAGUCCCAUCUAGGUCCCCCCCAGGGGACAGACCAGCAGUGGGGCCCAGCAGCUUGAAGCCCCUCCUCAGUGAGACCCCGCUCUCUUCUUACAAAGUGAAGAGCCGCACCAAGAUCAUCCGCAGGCGGGGGAGUGCUAGCGUGCCUGGGGACAAGAAGAGCAGCCCCCCACCUGCUGCCACGGCCCAGAGCCAGCUCAGCCUGCGGCGGAGGCAGGCCCUCCGGGGGAAGAGCAGCCCCGCGCUGAGGAAGACACCCAGCGCGGGCCUGAUGCAGCUCACCAGGCACCGGCUGUGCCGCCGGCCUCCCGGCCGGGCCCCGCUCCCCGCCAAGGAAGCCUCCAGCCUGCACGGCCAGCGGACCCCUCCCACCAGCAAAGUGAUCAAGACUCGCUACCGCAUCGUCAAGAAGACCCAGGCCUCACCUCUCAGCACCGCCCCCGGUCCCCUGGCCCCGCCCUCCUGGCGGGCGCUGCGGCUCUCCCUGUCCAGGUAG